AGAUGAAAGCGAGCAGAAGGAGAACGAGGGCGUUUGAGGUUUCCUCUUCCUGUAGAAGAAGCACAGAGACGCUGAGAGAUCAGAACAGCAUUUGACACCAGGACAGUAACCCAUCCGCAGCGAUGAUUCUCACGGGCUUCGUGUUUCUGAUGCUCACGGCGGCGCUGAGUCCAGCUGAGGGUCAAGAAAUCAAAGAGAUCACAGCAAGUAGUGUCAUUCUGACCUGCUCUGGAGGUGAAAAUUACAAGUGGUAUAAAAAUAGAGAGAAAAAUGUGAUAAGCACAAGUAGCACCUAUGAAGUUCAAGCGGAAAAUGGAAUAGUUGAAGGAGAGUUCCACUGUGAAUAUACAACAGAUGAUUCAAAAACCAUCAAACACAUGUUCUACCUCAAUGUAAAGGUGUGUGAGAACUGCUAUGAGUUGAGCGGGUUCUUGGCGUGGGGCGUCAUAUUCGGUGACUUACUGGUUACAGGAGCAGUUAUUCUCAUCGUCUACAUGUGUGUGCCGAAAAACACUGGCAGCACACAGCAGAAAGCAUCAAAAUCACGAACAGCAGGCGCUCCUCCACCUCCAAACCCAGAUUAUGAGAGACUGAAUCAUAACACGCGCAGCGCUGAUUUGUACGCAGGCCUUCACAAAUAGACGCUUCAGAUGUGUGUACAAGAGAUUUACUGUAAAACAGUUUCCGAAUUAAACUCUGGUGAAUCAUAGUGUUUCUUAAACAGCCCCACUUGUUCCACAGUAUAUAUUAUUGAUUAUUGACAUUCAUGUGAGAGUCAGACUGAGUGUUUGUGAUGUUUAUAUACGGUUCGUGAGAGUAACUCUGCGUUUGGAAACUUCUGCUCAUGAAACAUCGGAAACUCAUGAUGGAAACAUCAGCAUGUGAAAUACUGUAACUAAACACGUCUGUCUUUGUGCUUUGUUGUUUUGAAGAUUGUGUGAUGUCUUGUAUGUUGGUAAUCUUGUUUUUUUCAGACAUUUUCAUGUUUUUACAAGAACGAUUCAUUCUAGAUUUUAUCUUAUGCAAACUUAUUUAAAUCUGAAUGAUGCAACCGCUGUACUGGGAAAAUACAAGUGAAAAAUAAAGUUGAUUUUGUGUAA